AUGCCAACAACGUCGUCGUCAACAUCAACGCCUCUUUCACCCAGCGUGCGCAUCCUGCAUUCCGUCAGUGAAGCAAUGUCAGAUUGUCAUGAUGAAUCGCGGCGCGCCCGUAAGCGCGCCACCGACCGCAAAUCGCAGCGGAAUCAUCGCGAACGCCAGAAAGCCUACAUACAGCAUCUCGAGCAGUCCCUAGCUACAUUCAAGGCUGCUGCUGACUCGGACCAGCGUGUUAGUAGACUUGUUGCCGAAAUUGAUCGUCUCCAAAGAAAGUGCUCCUCACUGGAGCUGCAACUUGCCCGCGUCCGAGCCGUUGUUUGCGACACUCCCAACCAUGACGUUGAGCAGGUAUUGCCGCAAGAGACAUAUACUGCCUCCAAUCUUGGCCACGAUGACCUGGGACUAUCAGACCAAGGUGGGGAUUUUACUGCAGCUGGGGGGGACCUCCCCGACAUGCAAGUCGGCACGUGCGAUGCUGACAAGAGCUUGUCUGCUGAUGACAGCAAUUUAUCUGUCCGGGACUUGAGAAUGUAUGCUAUCGACUGCGAUCCGCCAACACGCGAUGGAGAUCCGCAAGCAGCGACCCCCUUGCAAGACAUCCCGGGAAUCGAUAUGGUGCAAACCGCCACAGACAUGAUUACCGAACAGCUCUUCACCAUGCUCACGCCCACCCACGACCCACUGGCGUCUCUGACCGACACAUGUCCUGUCGCAUUUUCAUCACCUUGCUUACCCCGGUAUACCGCUGCGGCAGGCAUCUCAGACCGGUGUCUAUUGGCCAUGCUAGAAGAAGCACGCGCGGAGCAUCGCCAGCGCAGCUUUGACACUACCAAGCCCAGUCUAAGGCGCCUUCUUUGUAUGCCAGCAUGCGACACCCUGGCUUUUCGGCUGUUUCACUAUAUCAAAUCGUACGGUGCCAUGCCGUUACAUAUACUUUUAUCUAUUUUCUGGGUGCAAUAUCUCUUCCUCAGGGUACGAUACUCCAUUCAACCGCUAUAA